GAUGGGGGCUUCUUCAAGUUUGGCGGUAUUUCUUUCCUACUUUGUGACCUGUGACUUGCCUUGUGACUUGACUGACUUGUGGUGAAUUUGGAUCUUGGCUUGCUCGUGUUGUUCCCAAUUGAGCCCUAUUGUGUUCUCUCUGAGUGAUCCCAACUUAUCCAUCAUGAGUGUGUCCUCAAUGGAUCGCGAUCAAAGGCUCCGCGAGCUCCAACGUCUGUACGUGGACGUCCUGGACGAUGCGGGUCAAGAGGGCCUCUUCCACGGUCAGAUCACCGCCAUGAUGGCCAACGGUGGGCGUCGUCUCUCGCUCAACGUCAACGAUCUGCGUCGGCAAGCGCCCGAACGCUGUCUAGCGCUGUUGAAGGGCGGUUCGGUGGCCGAUGAGCUGGUGGCCGUGCAACGGGCCUUGGCCGAGGUGGUGGCCUCCACCGAUGCCGAUUACCUCAAAGGCCAGGCCCAUCCGGAGUUGUUCGUGGGCCUGGCUGGGUCAUUUGGCUCGCAGCAUGUGACUCCGCGCGGCUUGACGGCCCGCUGGGUGCACAAGAUGGUGUGCGUGGAGGGCAUUGUGACCAAAUGCUCGUUGGUGGCGCCCAAGGUUCAACGCUCGGUCCAUUAUUGUCCGGCCACGCAAAAGCGCAUGGAGCGCACCUACGCCGAUUUGACCUCUUUGGAGGCCUUCCCCAGUUCGGCCGCCUAUCCCACGCAGGAUGAGGACGGCAACCCGCUGGAGACCGAGUUCGGCUUGUCCUCGUACAUGAACCACCAAUCGCUGACCAUUCAGGAGGCGCCGGAAUCCGCGCCUACCGGACAGUUGCCCCGCUCGGUGGAUGUGUUGUGCGAUCACGAUCUGGUAGAUCGAUGCAAGCCCGGCGAUCGCCUUCAGGUGGUGGGCUACUAUCGAUGUUUGCCGGCCAAACAAGGCGGGUACACGGCCGGUACGUUUCGUUGCGUCCUGAUUGCCAAUAAUAUCCUCGUGCAAGACGCCGAAGCCGAGAUGGAUCUGUCCGCUAAGGACGUCCAGGACUGUCAACGUAUUGGUCGACAACGCAAGGAUAUUUUCACCCUUUUGGCCGAAUCCAUGGCGCCUACUAUCCAUGGCCACGCCUACGUCAAGCAGGCCCUGCUGUGCAUGCUGCUAGGUGGUAUUGAGAAACACUUACCCAAUGGCUCGCGCUUGCGUGGGGAUAUCAAUAUCCUGCUGAUCGGCGACCCGAGUGUGGCCAAAUCCCAGAUGCUCCGCUAUGUCAUGAAUAUUUGUCCCCGCGCCAUUUGCACCACGGGUCGGGGCUCGUCUGGCGUGGGUCUGACUGCGUCUGUGACCACCGAUGGGGAGACUAAUGAGCGACGACUCGAGGCCGGAGCCAUGGUCUUGGCUGAUCGUGGAAUCGUCUGCAUUGACGAAUUUGACAAGAUGAGUGACAUGGAUCGGACGGCCAUUCAUGAGGUCAUGGAACAGGGCCGCGUGACCAUUUCUAAGGCCGGCAUUCACGCUCAGCUGAAUGCCCGUUGCUCGGUCUUGGCCGCUGCCAAUCCCGUCUAUGGUCGAUACGAUCCUUUCCGCUCCCCCAUGGAAAAUAUUGGCCUGCAAGACUCGCUGUUGUCUCGGUUUGAUUUGCUUUUCAUUCUAUUGGACACCACCGACAUCGACUCGGACACCAUGAUUGCCAACCACGUGGUGCACACCCACCAAUAUCGGGAUAGCCACGAGGAAGCCGGAGCCAUCACCACCGGAGGUUUCAGCCUCAGCGGCUUGGACACAAAUCGGAGUGAGUCGCGUGAAGCUCAUGGCAUUUGGGAGACCCGCCAUGGACUAAACAAAAAGAGCAAGAAGGUGCUCUCGAAAUCAUUCCUCCAGAAGUACAUCCAAGUGGCCAAAAAGAUCCAACCUGUGCUCUCCUCUGAGGCUUGUGAGCUCAUUGGAGAAGAGUACUCCCGUCUUCGAGCUCAAGACAAUUCGCACGAAGAUAAGGCCCGGACUCAGCCGAUCACCGCUCGAUGUUUGGAGACCAUGAUUCGUUUAUCCACCGCUCACGCCAAGGCCCGUCUGUCGAAAGUGGUGGAGAAGAAGGAUGCCUUGAAAGUUAUUGAGCUCCUCCAAUAUGCCUGCUUCCAAAAGAUCCUGGAGCGUGAGCCCAAGAAACGUCGCGCCAAUGAGGACGGGGAUGAUGACGAAGCCGAGUCCGAAGAAGAAAUGGACGACCAAGAAUCUGUCGAUCCCAACGCUCAACCCGAAACUGAAACGCCCGACGCUCAAGAGCCCGCACCCAAACGCGCCAAGCCCACGGUCAACAUCGACGAAUCGGCCAUGACUAAGUUUAAAGAAGACCUAUUCAACAUUUUUGGCAUGAGCCAGGAGAUCCCCAUGCCCGAGGUGCAGGACAAGUUGAGGGACAAAUACUCCCUCAAAGAUGUGGAGGCCAUGCUGAAGAACCUCGAAGACGAGAACAAAGUCAUGGUGGCUUCGAACGUCUUAUAUUUGAUUUAGAUUGACGUUUAAGCUCCGCCUUGACAAACUUGUAUAUGAACCCGGACAUAUUAAUAAACAUAUCUUAAACCAGUGUA